GUUGUUGGCAUUUGUUCCCCAAUUCGGAUUUCUCUUGUGUUGAUAUUUAUAUAUACACGAGAAUGCGUAAUUUUUCUUUUUUGGUGGGAGGAAAUUGGGGGUUUUUAGAUUCAUAUUUCAAGAUUCAGUUCAUCUGAUGAUGGGUAGCAUAGCAGGACACAAUUUAUAGAGAUAUUAGGAGGGUAAAUUUGUACAUUCACUGAAAUGGGGAACCACUGUGCCCAUGGGAAAAUAUCCGGGAAGGGUUUCGAUCCGGCUUGUUGGUGGUUCCGGAUACCGAAUAAGCUGAAAAUCAAGAAAAAGGUGAUAAGGGACAAUGGAGGUAGUGGUGAUAAGGAACCAGAAGCUCAUGUUGCUUCAGUUCAGACCAAACCUCCAGAGGUUGAGCAGAUAGAGAGAGGCGAUAAUCAGCAGAAACCCAAAGGGAGAGAACAGAUUAGGGCUGAGAAGGAAGUGAAAAAUGAAGCUGAGAAAGUAAGUGUAAAUCCUGAAAAGGAGAAACCGAAGCCGCGAAAACCACUCAAUACCAAGAGAAUGCUGAGUGCUGGUCUCCAGGUCGAUUCGGUCCUAAAGACCAAAACUGGUAACCUGAAGGACUUUUUCAGUUUGGAGGAGAAACUUGGGCAUGGCCAAUUCGGCACCACUUUUCUUUGCACAGAGAAGGCAACCGGACAAAGAUAUGCCUGUAAAUCCAUAGCAAAAAGGAAGCUCUUGACAAAGGAAGAUGUGGACGAUGUCAGGAGAGAGAUUGAAAUCAUGCAUCACUUGGCUGGGCACCCAAAUGUUGUUUCCAUCAAAGGGUCUUAUGAGGAUGCCGUGGCAGUUCAUGUUGUGAUGGAACUAUGUGCUGGUGGUGAGCUCUUUGAUAGGAUUGUCAAGAGAGGUCAUUACUCUGAGCGUCAGGCUGCUGGGCUAGCCAAGACUAUAGUUGGUGUCGUGGAGGCAUGCCAUUCGCUUGGUGUCAUGCAUCGCGACCUUAAGCCAGAGAACUUUCUCUUUGUUAAUGAGGAGGAGGAUUCGCCCCUCAAAACUAUUGAUUUUGGAUUGUCGACGUUCUUUAAACCAGGGGACAUUUUCAAUGAUGUUGUUGGAAGUCCUUAUUAUGUUGCACCAGAAGUCUUGCUCAAGAGUUAUGGUCAAGAGGCUGAUAUUUGGAGCGCAGGCGUGAUCAUCUACAUUCUUCUCAGUGGUGUUCCUCCUUUCUGGGGAGAAACUGAACAAGAAAUCUUUGAUGAGGUUUUGAAUGCUGACAUUGAUUUCAAGUCAGAGCCAUGGCCUCACACCUCAGACAGUGCUAAAGAUCUAGUGAGAAAAAUGCUCGUAAGAGACCCCAAAAAACGGCUAACUGCUCAUGAAGUUCUGUGCCAUCCUUGGGUGCGGAUUGAUGGGGUAGCUCCUGAUAAGCCUCUAGAUUCGGCAGUUUUAACUCGUUUAACGCAGUUUUCUGCAAUGCACAAGCUCAAGAAAAUGGCUCUCAGGGUCAUUGCAGAGAGGCUUUCUGAGGAGGAAAUUGCAGGACUAAGAGAAAUGUUCAAAAUGAUAGAUAUAGACGGUAGUGGGCAAAUCACCUUUGAAGAACUUAAGGUUGGGUUAAAAAGAUUCGGUGCAGAUCUUAACGAGUCUGAGAUACGCGAUCUGAUGAAGGCAGCAGAUGUGGACAACAGUGGCACCAUUGACUAUGGAGAGUUCAUAGCUGCAAUGCUGCAGCUUAGUAAAAUCACUAAAGAAGACCAUUUGUUUGCUGCAUUUUCUUAUUUUGACAAAGAUGGAAGUGGGUACAUAACUCCAGAUGAACUCCAGAAGGCGUGCGAUGAUUUUGGCAUAAAAAAUCCCCAUUUGGAGGAAAUGAUUCAGGAAGCUGAUCAAGACAAUGAUGGUCGCAUCGAUUACAGCGAGUUUGUGUCCAUGAUGCAAAAAGGAACAAUAAAUUUAGGUAAGCAAAUCUGUCAUUUGGUUUCUGCUUUUCAUCUUCUUCCUCGUGAUUCUGAACCGAAGAUAACUUUGACUAGCAGGUUGAUAAACAUCACCAUAGCUCUCAAUUCUGAAAACAAACACAAGUAGCUGAUGCAAAAUCUCUACUUGGAUUGGAAUUCCCCAUACCAAACAAACAUUAGGAUUGAAGAAAGGAUUUUCUUUUAGGGGAAAAGACCAAAAGGCCACUUCUUGGGACAAUGACAAUGAAGAUGAAGAAGAUGU